GAAAGCGGGACCUGCCCUCCCGUCGCCAUUUUUCGGUCUCGUACUCGUACUUCUGGUGUCUCGGGUGAGGGGGGGGGGGACGAGCAGAGAUAAGGGAAACAUCAAAUACUGAACCCGUUAAGCCGUUAUCCCUCGCGAGCGGUCGGAAAUACGCGCGCGAGCUUCAGCAUAACGGCGUGGCACCUGAGAUGAACGCGCAGGAGACGCGCCGCUGCUGUGAAAUCUUUUUUUGUGUGAAGACGUGUUGCGGGCCGCCAUUUUUUGCUCCGCUGCCUCAAAAGUCUGCUCCGGCUCGAGAAAGGAGAUUCAAAAACGCAUUUUUCAUGACUUGUACCUCACAGUGAGACCACGAAGAGACGAAGUAGUCCGCUCGUUUCCGACCUGUGGCCACUGGCGACUUUUUCUCUGGCCGACAGAUGUAAAACCGAGUCUACCUUUUCCGUUCUCAGAACUGACACUGACUGGAGGAGAUACAAUUAUUAGACGCCUGGUGUUUCUCGGAAGGCGGAACGAAAAAGGGAAGCUUCAUUGAUCCGCUGUUGCUUUGGUCUUCGUCGGCGUUUGGCCGUCGCAAGUUUGUAGUUGUUUUUUUGUGUGUAUUUUGGCCGCUGAAACAAUCCUUUGACUGCGGAACACAGGAACCACAUAAUGGUCCAAAGUUGGAUCAAGCCAGUCGCAGCCUGUCUCUGAAACACGUCAGGCUGUUUGUGUUUUCUGUUGCCUGGUUGUUUUUUUGAUCCGCGGUCUCUAGAGUCGGCAGCGUUUGUGCAGGACUCCCGGGGCGACGAGUGCCCUGCCCUGCAUCUUUCUCAACCCUCCGGCUGCCUGUGAUUAACUCUUAACAAACGCGCGCACGCGUUUAAAAAAAACCGUAUUGUCUCGUCUAUUUUGUAAUGUGUCCUUCUUAUUUUUAAAUCUUUAUUAACUUAUUUUUUCGGGAGCAGAAAUGUCAAACGCUCGGUUUGAUUCGUCUGAUCGGUCCGCCUGGUAUGUUGGACCCGUGUCGCGACAAGAGGCUCAGAACCGGUUACAGGGACAGCGGCACGGCAUGUUUCUGGUUCGCGACUCGUCGACCUGCCCCGGCGACUACGUGCUGUCGGUGUCCGAGAACUCCAAAGUGUCUCACUAUAUCAUCAACUCUUUGCCCAGCAAGAGGUUUAAAAUCGGCGACCAAGAAUUCGAGCACCUCCCGGCUCUCCUGGAGUUCUACAAAAUCCACUACCUGGACACGACCACGCUCAUCGAGCCAGCCCCCAGGUACCCAAGCACAGUGAGCGGUCCUAUCCAGCCCAUGGGAGGCCCAGAUGAGAACCUGGAGUAUGUGCGGACUCUGUACGACUUCAUUGGCAGCGACGCAGAGGACCUUCCCUUCAAGAAGGGGGAGGUCCUCGUCAUCCUCGAGAAGCCCGAGGAGCAGUGGUGGAGCGCCAAGAGUAAAGAGGGACGUGUCGGGAUGAUCCCUGUGCCCUACGUGGAGAAAUUGGUCCGGCCAUCACCUCAACCCGGCCAACCUUCCCAUGGAUCUCGCAACUCCAACAGCUAUGGGAUCCCCGAGCCCUCCCACGCUCUCGUCCACGCCUACGCCCAGCCUCAGACGCCAUCGCCAUUGCCCCCCGGAUUGCCUGGAGCAGUUAUCAGCCCUCUACCGUCCGUGCAGAACGGCCCCGUCAUGGCAAAAGCCAUCCAGAAACGAGUGCCCUGCGCCUAUGACAAAACUGCUCUUGCUUUAGAGGUUGGUGACAUCGUCAUGGUUACUCGGAUGAACAUCAGCGGCCAGUGGGAGGGAGAGGUAAAUGGACGGAGGGGUCUCUUCCCGUUCACCCAUGUCAAAAUCAUAGACCCCCAGAACCCGGAUGAGAGUGACUGACCCACGAGUUCGACCGGACCGUCGCGUCAGUAUUUCCUGUAGCUGAAUCUGCUGGCUGUGUCCACCUCUCCCGCCAGCGUCACCACGGUUACGUGCUUGCCUGCUUCGGGCUGUACCAUGACAGCGACCCCUCUUGUUGCCAACCGUUGUAAGGCUUUCUGACUGUUUACAGCUUUGGACAUUGGUUCCAAACUAAAAAAAACCUGACCCCUCUUCUCCCCGUCCCCUUUCCCCACAGCUGGGCAGUGUUUGGUUGUUUUUUGCAUUUGUGUCCUUUUCAUUUCCAGAUCACUGGGCGUCAGUGUGAGUCUGAAUGUGUAUGUGCGGAUGUAUGUAUAAUUGUGUAUGUGUGUGUGUGAUCACAAUAGAUAUAUAGCACAUUACAUCACAACAUGGUUUUUUUUGUUUUUCCUCUCCUAAUAUCUGUUAUGUUUGAAGUAUUGGGGACUUUAGAAAGUGUCGGUGUUUGUUUUGUUGUGAGGAUGUUUGUGCAAAGUAGGGAAGGCAAUAUCCCGACGGACUUUGGAGAGCACUGAGGCGAUGAGGAGAGAACCAGCCAGUCAAAUGUUAUGUCUCCAAACAAUCAAGUCACUGUUGUACCUUAACCAUCACACACACACACACACACACACACACACUGGCCAUGAGUGUUAUUCAGGUUGACAGUUUCUUUUGUUUUUCUACGUGCAUGUGAUGUGUGACUGACGUCAGGAGGAAGCAGGAAAGAGGUUUGAGGAAGAGCUUGGUUGUACCUUGACAUAAUAUAUCCCCUCCACUCUUCAACCUGGCACAUGUCUGGCUGACGAGACUUAUUUAUAAUAUGUUAAUAAGACAUGACACGGCCAUAAGUGAUGUUAUUUGUGCCACAUGAUCAAAUAUAGUUUUUAUUUUGUUAGUUUCAACAAAAAAAUGGUGUGACAUUGAGAGGAUGUGUUGUAGAGUGCUGACUGCAUGUCCACUCGGUACCUCUCUUUACGGUCCUUCGUAUUAUUUUGAACAGGGAGGACAUUGCUUGGAGGUGAGUAGGCGUUUGGAUCGGACAGCGCCGAGCACUAAAAGAGGUUUCUGCUUUCUGAGUGCCACGCUUCAAACGGCACGGAGCAACACCGCGGCCCUGGCCAGCACUUUCCCACAAGCGUCCGACUAAAUGGCCGAAGGCGUUCCACUGAGGCGGCGAUGCCCGCGUUCAGUGGCUCAGGUCAGGGGAGGAGUUAAUGCUUCAGCAAGCCAAUGAGAAUCCCAUCAAUGCCUUUUUCCAGAGUAAGAUCAAUGCAUCCUUCUUCUUCUUUUUAGCGCAUGCUCUGCAAACUUGUGUUUUUAAAUGCCGUGUUGCUCGCGUCAGGUUUGGGAUUUCAACCAUCUUUGUUACGUCGAUAUCCGUCUGUGCACAACUCGCCUCUUUGUUCCGACUGAGCUGCCACCAGCGUGGCCAGUAGGAGCAGCCAGUUAAGCAGUUGUGUAAACGAUGCCACGCCCACAUUUUCUGCUGUAAAAAUGCCUCUGCGCCUCAUGCUUUCCCUUCAAAUCAGUGCUCAGCCAUUCACUCAGUCAUAUUGUGCAGCUCUUAGUCGUAUCCCCUUAUUUUCUUUUUUUUCUGCCAGUUUAUAGUCGGCUAUUAAAUCGAGCAUUUUCUUAAAACGAUUGGUGUUCUUAAACUUGCGUGUCUACGGUGACAUUUACAAAAGGGAAAGCUGCCUGCCGGUUGCCUCUGUGCAUGACCUCUUGGCCGGGGGGGGGGGGGUUCUGCCUGGCCAAAUGCUGCUUAAUGCCAUUGUUCUCCUUAUUGAAUCCAGUUGAUCUCAUUGUAAUCCCCCCUGGGCUGCACACUCACACCAGUGUGGGUUGUUCUCAUCAAACUCAAUGAAAUCUACUAAUUAAACAAUACGCCCCGAUUCUUUCCUUUGUUGAUGUGAACUUGCUUUUCUCUUGCUUCCGAGUUGUUUUGUAAUGUGGCAUUAACAGUAUUACUGUGCUCUCUUCUCAUAUUCUAGGAAAGUCUGUCUUUUACUUAAGAAUUGAAAAUUGUGCCUUUUUAUUUUCUUAAACCAUUUACAUGUGUUAAUAUUUCCCAUGGUUAACACCUGUGCUGGUAAUGACCCUUUAUGUACAGAACAAGUAAAUAAAAUUUACGUCUACUUCUUUAA